AUGAGUACUAUUGGCCUGCGCAACCGUUGGGAUUCUCCCGAUACUGCCAUCGACCCUUCAUUCUAUGAUUGUGUGUACUCAAUCGUCGAUUCUUCGAAUACUGUGACCGAACGAUGCUACAGAGAUAUUGGUUGUUGUGCCAGCGGAUGUUGUACCAAUACUGAAUGGCAAGAAAAAUAUGGAUGGGCUGUCGCACUCAUUUGCAUAUUUUCUCUAGUUGUCAUUAUGACUGUAAUUUGUUGGAUGGGAAUAUGGUUGUGUAACCGCCGGAAAGACAAGAACCAACGAAAAGAAUUGUUGAAAUUCGGAAGCUCUUCUUCAGUUUCGAAUAUGUCGUUUGCAUAUCCAAUGGCAAAUGGACAUUAUCAUUACGGUACCGGACCAUUCCAAUCACCGCCUCUAAAUUAUCCGACCAAAUAUUAA